AUGCUGAUAAGAAUCUCCUCCCAAAAGACGAUUGAGAAGCGCGAGAUGGUCAGCAACAGCUUCCUUCUCAUGCUGGGCGGGUCCGAGACAUCGGCGACGGCGCUGUCUGCUGUCACAUUCUUCGUCACGUCUCAUCCGAAAGUCAUGGAACGCCUUACCAACGAGAUCCUUUCAGCUUUUCCCAGAGAGGAAGACAUCGACGUUCACUCCGUUCAGAAGCUGCCCUACCUUCUCGCCGUCCUGGACGAGACUCUCCGGUUAAACCCACCGCUUCCCCACACGUCACCACGAGUGGUGCGCAAAGGCGGCGACGAGUUUUGUGGGUAUUUUGUGCCCGAGGGUACCGUUAUCAGCAUCCCGCAUUGGGCAAUGUACCACAGCUCGAGCAACUUUACCGAGCCCGAAUCGUUCAUUCCGGAGCGAUGGCUUGGUGAUCCCCGGUUCGAAACCGACCAGAGAGAGGGCCGGAAGCCCUUUUCCUUUGGGCCUCGAAACUGCAUCGGAAUGAAUCUUGCGUAUAUUGAGAUGAGAACUAUUCUGGCUAGGGUCAUCUGGAACUUCGAAAUGAGGCUCGCCCACGAGAGCAAGAGGUGGACACAAGGGCAAAAGGCGUGGGUUGUUUGGGAGAAGCCCGACCUAAUGGUGUACCUAACACCUCGUGACCGGUCCGUUUGA